AAGAGAGAGUUACAUCUGGCAGUGCACUAGUGCAGACGUAGCCUACUUCUGCAUGUAUCGUAAUAAACUUUUAAUGCAUUUUAACGCGUGAUUCCAUCGUGACGCUUAAGGACUGUUGACAUCAUGGCGAAAAAAGCUAUUUCCAGCAAAAAGAGCUUUUUUUCUAAAAGUGAAGCGAAUCUCAAAGAGUCUGUGGAGAAAGAUGACAGCGUUAAGGGAAUUUCAUUAAAAUUUUUUAAAUGGAAGAAAAAGAGGAGAACGGAGAGAGCAACAGACACAUCAGUGGAGAACUUAGGCCUACAGGUUGCAAGAACCGAGCCUUCCACAUUAGGACAUAGUGAAGGUCAGGAUAGAGAGGAGCGGACUGGACACAAGCCGUCUCUAUUUGGCACUGCCCCCAGGUCAAAGAAAGGGCUGCUUAGUUACUCAGAGAGUGACCUUCAUAAACCCAAGAGCUUUGGCACAUUUAAUCUGGGCUGGAAGAAGAAAAGGAAAAGAGAUCUAUCCCAAAGCCUUUCAAGCGUCAGUCAAGUUCCAGGGGUCAAAGGUCACAUCAGCGAACAGGAUGAAUUUGAUGAGCAGGUAGAAAUAGAACAAACCUUACUAAACCAGCAGGACGAUUUCGAGAUUGUAGAGGCUACACCUGUUUCCACAGCAUCCCCUCGUAUCGCUAACCAAUCGCAGCCCCAAGAUGUCCUGAGUGACAUAUCUUUGACCAAUGAUGAGGGCCGACUAGAGGAUGCUGUCCUUGCUGCUGUGGGUUUCAUGCCGCCCCAUGUGGACAGUACAUUGAUACCAUAUAUUGACUCUUCAGUCUCUGAUAGUGAUGGUUACCAGACACCCCCAGAGAGCCCAGUACCAAAAUAUCUCUCAUCUGAUUAUGCAGCUGUCCAAGCUGUGACUAGAGAAUACCCAGCCCCUGCUGAAACUUAUAUAACUACACCUUCCAGCACCUUUUCUAGACAUCAGGUUACAUUUGCUCAAAUGGAUAAUCCUGAACCUGUAAUUAUUACAGGCUCUCUGAAUACAGCACAGUUCUUUUCACUAAACCCUAAACAUGUUGAAGCAGUGUUCAACAGCACAGACACAGCUGCUAAUCCAACUGCCACUGCGGUAGAUAGAUCUAUUCGAAACACCAACUCUGUGCUGUUUUGCACUUCAGAGGCUAAGCCUGAUAUCACAGACUCAAUUAGUCUUGUUCCUAAAAUGGAAACUCCAGUAAAUUCUGACACAUGUUCUAUUGAUAAUUCAAGUACAGAGGUACAUUUGAACUUGAAUGGUGUUUCUGGGAGGGAUGAUCAUCCACUCUUUAACUCCCAUUCAGAGACACCUGCAUCAGCGAUUACAGCAGAUGUUGAGGUUAAAACCUUCAACACAGACAUUGCCCCUAACACAAACACAAUGAUUUCUCAAAAAGAUUUAUACAUUGACUGCAAAGAAUUAAAGGAUGUAACCUCUACCAUCCACCAGAGUUCCAGCUCUUCCAGGCACCAGAGUUUCGUCAACUCCAUCUCCCAGACUUCUGAUCCUGAGACACCUCAAUCGAUGAUUACAGCAGAUGUGGAGGUCAAAACCUUCACCACAGACAUUUCCCCCAACAUAGAUGCAAUUAUUUCUCAGAAAAAUUCAUACAUGGACUGCAAAGAAUUAAAGGAUGUAAUCUCUACUACCCCACAGAAUUCUAUCUCUUCCCUUCCUCAGAGUUCCUUGUCGUCCAUCCCUAAAAGUUCCAGCUCUUCCAUCAACCAGAGUUCCAUCUAUUUCACCCCCGAGAGUUCCAGCUCUUCCAUCCACAAGAGUUCUCAGAGCUUCAGCUCUUCCGUCCCCCUGAGUUCACACUCUUCUCUCCCCCAGAGUUCUACGUCUUGCAUUCCCCCAAUGUCCACAUCUGUCAUCCCUGAUAGUUUCACUUUGAACUCAGAUAAUACCAUCUCCCAAAGUUCCACCUCAAAUUUAGAUUCUGACACUUCCUUUCCUGAGAAUUCUUACAGUCACCAAACUUCCAUUAUAACUACUAAAGUAGAAGACUUUCAGACCAGCACUGUAGAUAACAGAGAUGUGUUUGUCACCAACAGUGAUGUAUUGGUAAACAACACUGACCCCAACAGUAUCAGUACAGAUACCAGCAAACCCAUUUCUGUUUCAUCCAUGCCAGAUGUAAUAGUGUCUAGAACUGUGUCUUCCUCUAGUAACACAGAGUACAGUGUGGAUGCUGACACUAAUACCAAGCCUAUUUCAUCUUUCUCCAAUGCUGAUGUAUCAGUAUUAAACUCAGUUUACAAUGUUCACUGCAAUUCGCAUGUAUCUCAGAGUUGUCCAACAAUCAUGGUACAUUCCACUUUUGCUUCAAGUUUACUGGAAAAAACUCACCCUGAUAUUUAUAGUGAGGCCAUUUCAAUGGAAUCUUAUGAAACUGACAAUUAUACUACAAAUGCCACUGAUUCAGAGAAACCUAACCCUUCUGUUGCAGGACCUGUUCGCCAUAAUGCAGAACCUGUACUUCUUGAGAAUGGGUUAAAUAUGUCUUUAUCUCAGUCAGUUGCGUCAAGCGUGCACACCAUCAUUAACUCCACUAAAACUGCCACCUUUGACCUUUCAAGUGUCUCAGACCCUGUCAUCCCUGACCCAGACCAUUCUUGGAGAGGUCUGUCUAACAAUUUGUCUUCUUCAGAUGUGGUAACUCUGAGUGAAACGUCAGCACAAGACCAUAUAACUCAGGAAAGAAUCCAAGCUAAAUCAAAUAGCUCUCAUGGAAUUGUCCAUACUUUCUCAGAUUUCCCAGACAAUGGUAUCUCCAACACUGGUAUCGCCACCUCUGAAGCCUUAUCUAACAUAAUAAUUCUUCCCUCCUCUCACUCAAAAAUUUCCCAGCAGCUGUUCAGCUCUCUAGCCCCAGAGGAAGAAGCAGACAAACAACUGAAAAAAAUCAAAACAAAUGAAGUUUGUGUGGAAGACCAGCCAUAUGUUACAGAAGUCCAUUUUGUGAAUGUUAAGGAGGCACCUUUAUUAGAACGAUCAAAAAGCCAUAAGUUGAUUGGCCAGAAUGAAACAGCAGCAGAGUGUUUGACCAAAGUAAAUGACCUGCAAAUGUUUGUCAAAGAAAAAUAUGGACCAGAAGAAGAGGAAAAAGAUGGACUAAAUGACAUUUACAACAAGGAUGAAACAACAGCAGAAUGUAUGACCUCAGUAAAUGACUUGCAAAUGUUUGUGAUGGAGAAAUAUGGGCCAGAAGAGGAGGAAAGUAAUGGACUACAUGUGUUUUCUAAUAAAAAUUAUGAAAUUACAUUGAUUCAGGAAAAGGACAUUAAAUCAGAGCAGAGCCUGACAAGAGAGCAGAGCAUUGAUGAUUUGGAGCUUAGAUGUAUCAUGGAUGAGAAAUCAAGAGCAUGGAUGUCUCAUGGAGCACAAGAGGAAAUGUUACUUCAUAAAGUUGUAGAAAAAUAUGAGGGGACUGAAGAAAAGACAGAGGCAUUGCAAAUGGUUCAAAGCAUGACAGAAGUAUCCAAAACACAAGGUGUAAUAGAACUGCAAGCAGAAGUAUGUGGAGACACUGAAGUGUUGACAGAUCAAGCAGAACAGCAGAUUCCCUGUCUCGCUGCACUGAAACCAGUCCUACCAGUCAAUCAAGAACGUAGCCUUGAAGAAUGCACUCUGGCCCCUCCCUCCUCUGAGCUAGUAAAGGUUUCGCUUGCAGAUUCAAGCAUGGCAACACAUAGUCACCUGGAGAUUUGGCUCCACCCCUUAGCCCCGCAUCAUUCAAGUGGAGCGAUAACACUACUAGAGGACACAAAAAAGAGCAAAUAUCAAACAAGCACUGAUAAACAUCACAUUGAGAGGGAGGAACACAGAUAUAGUGAAGAGACUGAGGAUACAGCCACAUUUCUUACAAGCACACAUAGCAGUGAAAGACAAGAACCAAACAGUGCAGAGACAGAGAGCACUGUUUGGCAGUCCACUCUGGGUACAGAGAAGAUUUCCACUAUAUACAAAGAAGAGACCUUCAGACACAACAAAGACACAAGCAACAAACAGGGGGAGGUCACAGUGACAAAGGUAAAGACAGAUAACAUUAGCAUCUUCACUCAUAGAAACGUGGUACAAAUCAGUGAAACCACAUCAGAAGAGGGAAGAGAAGAGGAAGAUCUCCAUACAACUGGCGUUAUCACUUUCCCUGACCACCAGCUUGCAACACAUUUAAUACCAGGUGACAGAUUCUUUCAUGUAUCAACUGUUCUCAGUACAGUGAUUGAGGAGUCAGACACAGAGGAUCAAGCUGAAACUGAGGCUGAAUCAGACAUAGACAUGAACUCUGGCAUUGCGGUUUUAAGCACGACCCUCAAUCGACCGUCAUCUACUCAUGAAAGUAAAGAGGAUGUCAUGGUGGUUCGCAAAGUGUCCUUGGUCAGCACUGACAAUAACGGAAGCUUAGGGAAUCAUGAAGGUCUAUUGGAUAGCAUUGGGUUAAGAGAUCAGUCAGAGCAAAGCAAAGCCAGUCCUGAGCUUCGGAGGAGGUGGGAGAGUCUCUAUUCUAGCUCAGAAGAAAAGAAAUCCAGCUUCAUGAAGAGUUCAGACUAUAAACUCACGGACAGAACAUACCUGCAUUCCUCUCAACUGUCCCCAAGCUAUGAGAAAACAGUUUACACUUCUCAUUUUCGCUCUCCCAAGACGCUGGAAACCGAGCCCACUGCUUUCUUCUCAGAGACUGCUGGUAGCCUUGGCAACAAUAGCUGGAAAGUCAAAGAGAGCGAAGUUCAACUGAGCAGUCAGAGUUACAGUAGUGGGAAGAGUGGGGCGGAGCUUAGUACACCUGUCAGAGCGAGAGAGGGAGAGGGAGAGCAGAUUAGAAAAGCAGGCUUUGACUCACAGGCAAGUUUAGAUUCUAGCUUGAUCAUUACAGAGACAGAUGAGUCUUUCUCGGGGGUGUUCAAAGCAACACGUGUAGAGCUGCCUCACUCGCCCACUACCCCCGACACCCCCUCUGCCUCCUCCCUUUCUGAAAUCGAUAGCCUGGUUGACACUCUCAAGAGUAUGGAUCGACCGAUCCGGCAAAGGGUUCAACGCACUCCAUCCAAUACGCCAUUCUCUUCACUGCCACCUAUCGAAGAGGAUGCACCAAUCUCAUCCCCAACUCCAGUGUCACCAGUUACUGAGCCAAAGAAGAUCUUGAAUGGAGUAUCCAGUUUGCCUCCAGACAUUGGCCUCAACUGGAGUUCCCCCAAGGACAUGCGCUCUCCUUUGACCAUGAUGAAAGAGCAGCAGUCUGGAGACAGUCCGAGUCGUGGGCUUACCCUGCCCCUGCGAGCUUCAGCCCUGAGUAGCAUCGUCAUGCGCAGGAGCUCCCUCAACGACCUGAGCCCUGAAGAGGGCUCCACAACAGGGCUUGUCAAUGGAGGUGGUCUGCUCAGCCCAUCUCGCCUGGAAAACAGCCUCUUUUUCCAGCCAACCGAGAAUGGCAAGAACACAAAUCGCUCCAUUUUUCGUGCGGCCUCUCUCCCCGAUAUUGGCACCAGCCAUGAGCGUAUCAGCUCGUCCCCCAAAGGAACAGAUGCUGUUCUUGGGUCUCGUUUUGAGCGCUUCUCAUACCUCACCUCUCCAGCGAAUUCCCUCAGUGGGACUGGUGAAACAUCUCGAAUGAGUGUGCCUCCCUCAAUCCAACCAAACUCUGCAAUAGAGACCUCCAGCUUUAACCACAAGUCCUUUCUGGAACUUUACCGCUCUCUGCCCUCUGAAUCUCUCAUCAAGAACUCUCAAUCUGUAGGUCUUCAGCGAAGCAGUAGUGUUGAUGGAGGUUUCCUAAUCAAUGACACCAAAGCCUUCCAAGUUCAUCAAAAGCAGGAGCCAGAGUGUAUCUUGGCUCUCAAAUACAGAGCCUUCCCUGAUGCAUAUCUCACAAAAGAAAAGGAGCAUGGCAAGCUCAAUCCUCGACCUGGAAAGAUGUUAAUAUUUGACCAGCCUGGACUGACUGGCCAGAGAAUUGAAGUGCGUGGUGAUGUUGUGGACGCUACACCAUGGGAGUUUACAGACAUCAUUUCAAUCAGAGUGAUUAGAGGAGGUUGGGUGUUGUAUGAGAAGCCAGACUUCAAAGGGGAAAAGGUAGCUCUGGAUGAGGGGGACAUAGAGCUGUCAAACCCAUUCCAAUUGCCAGAAGAAGAAGAAGAGGUUAAUGAGCAGAACAGAACAGCACAGGAGAAUGGAGAAGAGGACCAAGAGUCCAAGCCACAGCCAAAGAGGACAUUCAUCAUUGGAUCCAUACGGCGAGCAGUGAGGGAUUACAGUGUUCCUGAGAUCAGUCUUUUCCCAGAGGAGAAUGCAGAGGGCAAGAAGGUCACUUUCAGGGACACUUCAGAUGAUGCCAGAAUCUUUGGCUUUCCAAUCAAAGCAAACUCCAUCAUCAUCAAUGCUGGACUCUGGUUGGUGUUUGCAGAACCCUUCUUUCAGGGUAUUCCACGAGUGCUUGAAGUUGGGGGAUUUCCCAACCCUGCUGCUUGGGGUGUCACACAUCCGUAUGUGAGCUCCCUGCACCCACUCAAAAUAGGAGAGCCUAGAGUGGAAAACCUCUAUGAGCCAAAGAUUGUGAUCUAUGAAAAGCCUUAUUUCACUGGGAAAAGCAGAGAAAUCUACACCAGCAUGAGAGAUUUUAUGACAAGAGUAGAAAGACAGCAAUCAUUGUAUUUGUACAGUGCUGGAUCCAUUAAAGUGACUGGAGGAUGCUGGGUGGGUUAUGAGAAAGAAGGUUUCUGCGGUCACCAGUAUCUUUUGGAAGAGGGAGAGUACCAUGACUGGCGGGUGUGGGGAGGGGUUAACUCAGAGCUGCGCUCGGUCCGAAUUAUCCAAGCCGACCUGUCUGAGCCCAUGCUGGUUUUAUUUGGUAUGCCUGAAGAGGAGCAAGAGGGGGAGGAGGAGCCCACAUUUGAGGUGACGGAGGCGGUCGCAGAUGUGGAGCUGUUCGGUUUCGGUAUCAACACCCGCUCCAUCCAUGUGCUGAGUGGAGCAUGGGUUGCCUACUCUCAUGUGGAUUUCUCAGGUAACCAAUACGUCUUGGAGAAAGGCUUCUACAGCAACUGUGGAGACUGGGGUUCUGGAGACAACCGCAUCGGCUCCCUACAGCCCAUUCUACCUGCACCUAGUGAAGUGCCCAUCUUCAGAAAUGAGGUGCUGCUCUAUUCAAAGCCGAAUUUCCAGGGCACAUGUAGGGUGUGCCAUCAGAAUCAGGGCUGUUUGCCUGAAAAUCUUCUAGUCAAAUCCUGCAGGGUGGUAGGAGGAAGUUGGGUGUUGUAUGAAGGAGAACGGUUCACAGCACACCAGUAUGUUUUAUCACAAGGGGAUUAUCCCAACCUGACCAGCAUGGGCUGCCCACCUGACUGCUAUAUUCGCUCUGUCAAAGCAGUUCCAAUGACCUUCUCAGUACCAUCAAUUUCUCUCUUUGGACUGGAGUGCUUUGAAGGUCGGGAGGUCACUGUUGAUAUGCAGGUUACCAACAUGCAGGAAGAAGGCUUUAAUACACAGUACCUCUCUGUCAGGGUCAACAGUGGUUGCUGGGUGUUAUGUGAACAUAGUAACUACAGGGGGCGCCAGUUCCUUUUGGAGCCUAUGGAAAUCACAAACUGGCACAAAUUCAGCUCACUAUCCAAUAUUGGCUCUCUUUAUCCAGUCAGACAAAAACAAAGACUGUUCCGUAUCAGAAAUAAGGACACUGGACACUACAUGUCAGUGCAGGGUGGGGUUGAGGACAUGAAGACGGGCCGUGUGGUUGUAUCAGAGAAGGUGGAUGGAAUGAGCGACGUUUGGCUUUACCAGGAUGGGCUCAUCAAGAACAAGCUGGCUCGGUCCAUGAGUCUACAGGUGAUGGGUAAUGUUGAGUCAGGUGCAAAGGUGGUGCUGUGGACUGAAACGCGUGUGCCAGUACAGAUGUGGAGUGCUCAGGUCAGCGGCACGAUCUCCAGUGUCAGUUUCCCAGGAAUGGUGCUUGAUAUCAAAGGGGGUAAGUCAUACGACAGACAACAUUUAGUGAUACGAGAGGAGAAUGAGGAGCAGGGGAGCCAGCAGUGGGAGUUGGAGUUUGUCUAAUACUGCCCCAUUUACUCCUUCAGUUGACUUCACCCAUUCCAUAAACACUUGAUCUCACUUGAACAGAGGAACUCAACAUAUUCGUUUUCCUUAUCUGUAGGGGCUAUUUAUGUGUAUUACACUGUUGUCAAAUACUACCUAUAAAUAUGAAAAUUUGUUUUCGAUUGUGAAAAGGUGGGAACUCACAUUUGGGGUGUGUUAUUUGCACAUGAUUUGAAUGUAAGAGAUAAAGAUAAUGCACAGGCCAUUUUUAAAACUGAGAUUUACAACCCAUAGUUUCACUCUACAAAGUAAUGAUAGUGCUCUUGGUUACCUAGUAUAUUGACAGGAAAAGGUAGCAGAAAAUACAUGAGAGAUUUCUUUUCCUGUUUGUUUACUUACACCUCACUGACAUCUAUUUGUUGAAUAUACUGCAUUUGUAUUUGUGCCCGCACUGCUGUCUCGUUAUCAUAAAGAUGAUAUGAUAUGAUAUAUGAUAUGAUAUGUCAUGAUAUGUGAAGCCAGUGACUUUUAAAGCUCAGAUAUGGACUCCAUUUCUAUUAAUUUAAAUGGGUUAACAUUGGUUUAUUUUUCCUUUGACAUUUAUUUGACAUAUUAGGUAUGUAUACUUUAAUGUCUACAAUUAGUUUAUAGCCAUUGCUACUGCUAUUGGUGUUAAUGCUGAUGGGUUUCCAAGAAAGGUUCGGUCUGUCAUUUUGUUUUUAAUACCAAAAAGUGUGAUGUCACAGUCAAUAAAAAAUUGCCAUGUUAUUUUUGGAAAGAAACUUUAUUCUGUAACUUUUAUUUUUCAAGGUACAAUGUGAAAUGUAUGUAACAGGGAAUAGCUUUAAUUUUGUAAUAAAACAAAGUACAUAAUAUAUUAAAACAA